AUGCCUCACAGAGCAGUUUGGGGACCUCGUGGCGUCCCGUGUGGCACUGUGGUGCAACUGUUUCUGCUUGCGGUGAUACUGCAGGUUAUGCAAGCACCCAUGGUAUUGUCGUGGAAUUGGAGGGGGAGUGUAACUGUGGAGGUGUUUUCGCCCCCGCCUGAAAGUGUUGUAUCCAACGGCACCGUAAAGGCUCUUAAUACUGGUGUGCUUGCUUCAUUUCACGCCCGUGGGAAUAUAACGGGAACCGGAGUGACUGUUAGUUUCUCUGCGCCUGCCACUUCCGAGCAAAAUGUCAAUGAGGCAUUAGAACAAAAAUUAAAAGGAUUCAGUGACGCUGAGAAGAUUCUUGUUGUGUUGGGACCCCUUGGUGACAAAACUGUUUUGGAAUCACUCGAUUUACUGACGAAAAAUGAGGUUAUCGGUUUCGCUCCGUACACAGGCUCUGGUGCGGUUAGAGGGUGGCGGCCCAACUUGUACUUUAUCUCGGUGGAUCCACUCGCUGAGACAUUAGCCCUCCUGCGUUAUGCCCUUGCCCAUCUGCGUGUACGGCGUCUGGGAUUUAUGUAUUUAAAAGGCGUAUCAUUCGGUGACACUGAGUACCAACUUGUGGUUCAGGCGAUGGCUAGGAUGGGCUAUGGGCUUUGUGGCACAUUCGCUCUGAAAAGCUCGACGGAAGCAUCUGCAAGCAGCGAAGAUUUUCAAAGGGAGUGGGAUCAGUUUGCGGCAACGAAUCCGCAGGCUGUUAUACUGUACGUGUAUCCCGUAGAUGACGGUAAAAAGGCUCUACUGAAAUUUCUAGAGGACAAGCGUACAUCUGGUGCGUGUAUACUUUCUCCCUUUGCGCUACAGUAUUUUGUUGUCGAAACCUUAAAUGCUACAUAUGGUCGGGGUGGUGGAUAUUCUCAUGGGGAAGUGAUCACCACGGGAACGAACCCACUCGCCAAGGAUAAUGAGUAUCAAGCGAUCCAACGUUUUCAGAAGGAGAUGAAAGCGUACCUUGCUUCUCAUUCCGGAGCAUCACUUUAUGGUAGGUCUGAUCGUCAUCUGACGGAUGAUGAUGAUGAUGGUGAGCUGAUGGUGUAUGGGUGGAUUAUCGGUGAAAUGCUGUCGCGGGCGCUGAGCUCCCGUGAGUGGCUGAAGAACCGUUCAACGUUCAAAAAGUCUCUGUACAAUCAACGGCGUUACGUAAUUGAUGAUCUUGUGUAUGGAGAUUAUGGUGGUGAUUGCCCCGAUAAUGUCGCUGCACUAGGUGCUUCGUGUCAAUGUAACCAGGGUGGUAAGGCAGUAUACAUGAAAAGGCUCGUGGAGGGCUUUCGGCUGGAGAGUGUAAAGAGUGGUUUCAUGGCGUUGGGAACAUCUCGAUGCGAUACGGACGGGUCCCGGCUUCAUGCCCCGCUGGCAGCUGUUGCCACGUUUAUGGAUAACAGUCAAUUGUCACUGAACGCGGCCGAGGAGUGGCAUGGAGGUGCGAGUCUCCUUGUGGGCACUGGGGAUCUCGGAGAUUACGAUAGAUUCUUCUUGCACAGGAUCAACACAAGCUCAGGCACCAUUUGGAAGCGUUUAAAACGUGAGGAGGAGGAAAAGCUUGUGACCGCUGUCAUGGGCGUUACGGAUGAAGCGUUACUGAGCACAUCGACCUUCGUUGUUGUUGAUCCGGUGCUUCUUGUUCCUCGCCUCCGAACACCUAACAAACGUGUGAUAUACCUCUCUGCCACACUGGAGCAGCAACUGUUUGUGAUCGCCAAGUAUUUGGGAGAGAAGGGCUCAAUAGGGGUGCACUCUGUCAUCAGCAGCUCCGAAUCAAAUAGAAUUGAAAAGGUGGUUAAUAUGUCGCUGGUUCGGUUUUAUCAGGAACCUCAGUCUUUGGUAAUACUGAAUGCGACAGUCUCUGUCACAGGCUAUCUUCCCCGCGAGGGUGACGUGUUUGUCAUAGGCCUCAAACAGGACGACGUCGAGGUGAUUGCGAAGCACCUCAGCGCCAACCCCAAGCUAUUCGUUUACGUCCCUUUUACUGAGGUGGCAUUAUACUACCAGACGUUUGUCCGUGUGUUUAGGGAUAAGGGUCCUGGAAGCUCGAGUAGUAACCGUUUGCUGUUCGCGACAAACCUUCCACACUGGGCUGAUGGGAACCCGUCGUCGGAUACUGUGAAAAAGUUUCACAAUGCUAUGAAGGAUAAGUCGAAGUGGACACCACUGUCGUUAAUGGGGUUUGCUGCCGGAAACUUGCUGCGGACGGUUCUCCCGCAAUUAAAGAAGGUGGACGCAGAUACUCUGUCGAAUCUCUUUUUUUCGGAGACUUAUUUGCGAGCUGAUGACAUGCGCUACGGCCCGUAUGGCACAGAGGGAUGCGGCAAGGUGGAGGUGGGUCUGUGGAAUGACUGCGUGACAAACUACGGUGCGACAGGUAUUGCUGUGUGGUCAAUGGCACGUGCACUGGAUCCGUCGGUCCCACCGAUUGCCGAACCAAUCUCUCAACUGCUGCAGUAUGAGGACCGUGACGCUGGGAGACUGACGGGGGCACGGUUGAUUGGUGUUUGUGUGGGCGCCGUUUUGUUUUUUUUGCUUCUAGUAGUGGUGAUCGUUGUCGUAUUGUGUCGGUAUUUUGCGGAUGCGCGUGAUAACGCAAAUGCACCGAAGGAACCAACGGAUCCCGUGACGCUCAUCUUCACAGAUAUCGAAAGCAGUACUGCACAGUGGGCGGCGCACCCAGAGAUGAUGCCGGACGCUGUAGCGACACAUCAUCGGCUAAUUCGUGCGUUGAUUAUGCACUACAGGUGCUACGAGGUGAAGACUGUCGGGGACUCCUUCAUGAUUGCGUGCCGGAGCCCCUCUGCGGCUGUGCGUCUAGCUUGUGACUUGCAGCAUAACUUUUUGCACCACAAUUGGGGGACAGCUGCGUUGGAUGAGUCAUACCGUGAGUUUGAACUGCAGCGCGCCGAGGAAGAGGAAGGGUACACUCCGCCGACGGCACAUCUGGACCGUGAGGUGUACGGCCGACUAUGGCGUGGCCUGCGUGUGCGUGUUGGGAUCCACACUGGACUGUGCGACAUCCGGUACGAUGAGGUGACGAAGGGAUAUGACUACUAUGGACGGACAGCGAAUAUGGCAGCAAGGACAGAGAGUGUUGCGAACGGCGGGCAAGUGCUGAUGACACGUGCGACCUACAUGUCGCUGAGUGUGGUAGAGCGUGAGCAGUUUGAUGUAACUGCACUGGGCCCUGUAACGUUACGCGGUGUUCCCAAUCCUGUGGAGAUGUACCAGCUGAACCCAAUUCCCGGUCGCACUUUUGCUGCACUGAGGCUGGACCGCGAUGGCCCUGGAUUGGACGAUGAGUGUUCGAGCCCCUCGUUGAGUGAGGUGAGUUCGCUUUGUGCUGGGUUAACUGAUUCUGCCAGGCAGGUUGCCAUAUCUCUGGAUUCGCUGCUCGGUGUGUUCGCACCAGCCCAGCGGCAGAAUCUGCUGUUACCUCUGUGCGAACGGUGGCGUGUGUCAUUGUUGCGCAAGAACAGCGGAUGGUCUGAGGCCUACUGCCGGGACACGGUUCACCGUAUAGCGGCGAAAGUUGGCCACAUAACAGACCAUAAGGGGAAACGUACCUCCAUGGACUUGUCAACUACUUCUGACAGUGUGUGUGUGCUCCAACCUUCGUUGGCUGGAAUUGCAAAUUUGCGUUCGCCUUUGCUAUCAAGAUCCAAUUACCCUGGCGAUAACGGUGAUUUGGCGUCGGUUGGUAUUGUAGCAAGCUCCGAUGCGUCUGAGGCCCUGUCACGACGGAGCACAGUAGAGGUUACGUCGAUGAAGGGUGACCUCUAG